GUGAGGGUCCGAACGCUGAACCCUCGACACGCCAAAGCCCUUCUCGCCAGUCCCUCGCUUGCUUCUUCAUUCUCUUCUGUAAGUGCUCUUCAUUUUCCCAUCAAUUGUCCUUCAAUUCCUCCUCAUCAUCCUCACCAAUCAUCUCUUAUCUGUUUGGUUGCUGAGAAAACACAUCAAAAUAAGGGAAAAUAAAAGUAAAGUUAAGUAAUAAUCAUGCCAGACGUGCAGGUCCUUGUGAAUGAAUUCAUAAUCAAGCUAAAAAAACGUAAGGUUGAGGGCUCACAGGCAACAGCAAGGAUGACUGCUGAAUUGCUCCGCUCAGUCAUUUCACAGCAGCGAGUUCCCUACAAUAACCAGGCUGGGGCUCUGAUCGACGCCAUAAAGGCUGUUGGAGAGCAGCUGAUUGCUGCCAAUCCUGUUGAGCUUGCUGUUGGUAAUAUUGUGCGGCGGGUUUUGCAUAUUAUUAGGGAGGAGGACCUUUCUCUUGCAACUGCCGCUGUGGCUGGGCUGAAUUUAUCAGCUGUAAGUGAUGAUGAAGAUGAUGGCGAGCGAGAGGACCACCCUGUUUUAUCAGCUGCUGCUGUUGCUGCUGCUGCCAGAAGCACUCUGCGUCCCCCUUCUUUACAAACCCUUCUUGAGGACAUGCCUGACUCAGCAGCUGUUCCUCAAAGUUCUUCUUCUGGUGGUGAUUCUGAAGGAAAAAGCAAAUCUGCUGAUAAAAGUUCAAGGAGCCGGAAGCUGAAGCAUGACAUUAUUGAGGCAGUUAAUGAACUUAUUCAAGAUAUCGCCACUUGCCAUGAACAGAUUUCUGAGCAAGCAGUGGAGCACAUUCAUCAAAAUGAGGUUAUAUUAACUUUAGGCCGGUCGAGAACAGUAAUGGAAUUUCUUUGUGCCGCAAAGGAGAAAAAAAGAUCAUUCCGGGUAUUUGUUGCAGAGGGCGCUCCAAGGUACCAGGGGCAUGUGCUUGCAAAAGAAUUGGUUGCAAGAGGUUUACAGACCACUCUGAUCACUGAUUCUGCAGUUUUUGCCAUGAUUUCUCGUGUGAACAUGGUUAUAGUUGGAGCUCAUGCUGUAAUGGCGAAUGGUGGGGUUAUAGCACCUGUUGGGUUAAAUAUGGUUGCACUAGCUGCUCAGAGGCAUGCUGUCCCUUUUGUUGUACUUGCUGGCACUCACAAGUUGUGCCCUUUGUAUCCACACAAUCCAGAGGUCUUAUUGAAUGAAUUGAAAUCCCCAUCUGAGCUGCUGGAUUUUGGAGAAUUCUCAGAUUGUAUGGACUUUGGAAGUGGCAAUGGUUCCCCUCUUCUUCAUGUUGUCAAUCCUGCAUUUGAUUAUGUGCCACCAAAGCUUGUUAGUCUAUUUAUCACUGACACAGGGGGACAUAACCCAUCAUACAUGUACCGGCUCAUUGCGGACUAUUACUCUGCUGAUGAUCUGGUGGUGCAGCGGAGACCUGCAUCUGGAAAUUGACUUUAGUUCCCCUAUUUCUAAUAGUUCAGGAAUACACCACAGAAGAAAAUGCUGGCAGGGAAAAAUGGAUUCAAAUAUUAGUGUAUUGGACUGCAUCGACUGUUUUGAGGGUAGAAGUGACUCAGGGAAAACUAUGGUUCGAUGGGAAGAAACAAAUGGUGCAAGUGGUUUCUGUGAUUGUGAUGAAGUAAAAAGGCAAAGCAGUGAUCAAAGGAAGAAAAGAAACGACAGCCAAGUGAAUUCUUUAAUUGUGUAGAGGAAAGAGGCCAAGAGCUGUAUCCUGUAGCAAAACUAUGAUACAAAGCACUCUUUGAUGUUAAUGGACUAUUUCAUUAUAUACCCUAGCAGUGAAAUUAAUAACAGUUCGCAUCUGAUUGGAACUUA